UGUCGUUCCGGUCCGAACAGUCGUGUUUAUGUGAAACAGCUUGCUUGUCCGCUAAUUAAUUUUACAUUUAAAGACAGUGAUAUUAUUUCCUGUGUUCUGAUGGAAGCUAACGUUACGGAACAUAGAGGGACCCCUUCAGUAAUUGAUAGAUAUUUUACCCGCUGGUAUAAAACAGAUCUCAAGGGAAAACCAUGUGAGGACCACUGCAUCCUGCAACAUUCAAACCGAAUCUGUGUGAUCACACUGGCAGAGUCGCACCCCAUUAUUCAGAAGGAGAAGAAGAUUCAAAGCAUCAACUACCAGAUCAGUGCGGGGUGCAGCCGCCUUCAGAACAAGGUGUCCGGAAAGUCAAAACGAGGUGGCCAGUUCCUCACAGAACUCGCUCCACUAUGUCGAAUCACUUGCACAGACGGAGAGGAGUAUACCAUUUUCAGCUGCAUCAGAGGCCGUCUGUUGGAAGUCAAUGAGGAUAUCCUCACCAGGUCAAGCCUCUUGCUUGAAAAGCCUUCCACGGAUGGCUACAUCGCUGUCAUCCUUCCCAAGUUUGAGGAGAGCAAGAGCGUCACAGACGGCCUCCUGAGCCGAGCAGAGUACGAGGAGGUUGUCUCCAAAAGGGCGGCAUUGAAACCGGAGCCCUGCUGACGGGACAAAGAAACUGGGAG